CGUGCCGUGCCGCGGCGAGGUUUAGUUUUUCAGCAGUACUCCGCGAACAGCAGGUCACCGCGCCGGCGACAUGUGCGCGUCUCGACGGUCGUCUGCCCGCCCGUGAAAAACCCGCCCGAGUCCCCCCACACCCCGACGACGACUUUUCCCGGAUUUAGUGCGAUUUCCCCGCGGACGAUCUUCUUCAAUCGGACAGCCGCUCGGACGUUCUGUCGCAAUGAGCACGGAUAAACGAAGCCUGUCCGGCAGCAGGAAGGGCAAGUUGAGGUAUACGCUCAGAGGAGGAUUCGACUUCGACACCAUGGGCCAUUCGAGAUAUCACGAACUGCGUAAAUUUGUGAAAAAGGGCAAUGACUUUUGCAAGGAACUCGGAAACAUCAUGCAAGAAAGAGUGGAACUCGAGUUGCUCUAUGCAAAAACAAUGUCUAAGCUCUCUGUGAAACUUAUGAAAGCAGCACAAAAAGGCGUCGGUUCCAUACAAAAAGCUUGGUUAGUCAUUGGUAAAGAGAUGGAAUCCGAUGGUCAAGCACACCGUUGUAUGGCUAAUUCGUUGGAGGACGACAUAGUGAAACCACUUAAGAAUUUGCAAGAAACGCAUUGCAGAAUAAAAAAAACGGUCGAAUGCAAUGUCAGCAAAACCAAAAAGUGUAUGAACAAAUGGAGAACCGAUGAACGAAGAAGUAAAAAAGAAAGUUUUGCCGUGGCUAGAGAAAACGAAAAAGUUCAAGACAUGACAAGCGACGCUUCCUAUUCGAUCCUCACAAGUAAUGCGAAUUUAAUCAAAGACGCUACAAAAUUGGAAAACAAAAAAAGAAAAUUGGAAGAGUCUGUGAAAAAGAGUUACACAGAAUAUUAUACGUAUUGUGUUCGGACAGCUAGAGCCAAGCUCGAAUGGGAAAUGUCUGUAAACGACGCGGAAAAAAAUUUCAUGACAUUGGAGGAAGAACGUCUGCUUAGGCUGAAGGAGUACGCUCACCACGUGUCGCAGACCUAUCAACAGUUGGUUCCGAAAAUUUCACAGAUAUCGUCGCGACUCAGCGAACCGACGUACGAGUGCGACGUGUCGCAAGAUUUCACGAUCAUCACGGACACGGUGAACCGGUACGACGAAGAUCUGAGCGUCCAAGUGCUGCCCGACUUUUAUCCGGAACACACGAAUCUGGCGAUGAACAAGAAGAGGAGAAUAUCGGCGUUGACGAAAAUACUGCAGCUCGUCAGACAGGAUUUGGACCGAGAGAGGCGCAGCAAAAAAGGCUUGGACACGCUGGCCAACGCGAUGCACCACCACGCUUCUUCCGGUUUGAAACACGACGACUCGCACAAAAACGUCUACGAAAAACUUCACCACACGAAUUUAAUGGUACUGUACUUGGAAGCGGUCAACUACAAAGUGGUUACUGCUCUUGCCACUCUGGAAGGUCACCCGCCCGCCGCUUCCAACACGUUCUCGCAGCACAUCGAGACGACCAGAGACAAAAACGGACAUCAGAUGUCUGUGCUCAAAAUGCCAGCGGCGGUGUGCCGGAAGCUGACGUCCUCUGCAGCUCCAAUCGACGCCCUGCUCAACGAGUCCAUGUGGUCGGACCGGGGAUCCGCGGACGGCACUGACAUCGGUGGGAAAUUUUUCCGUUGCGUUUACGCGAAUCUCUCCGGACCGAGUUCCGACCUGACCCCGACCCGUUGUUGGAUAUGUUUGGACCGGGGACGGGCGACGGUCGACAGAAAAAAAGAGUUCGAUGGAAAUCCUUAGGAAAACCGUACCGAAUACCUACUAUAGCUGAUAUCGAUGCGGGACGGUCAAUGUUGAAAAGCUCGCGACACGGGAUCCCCGAAAAUCGUAGUGGUUGCCUACAUGAUAGAUCCUUCGGCGUUGUCGAACCGACGAUAUGAGGACCUGUGAUAUUUCUGAAGACCCGCAACCCAUAUACGUUUUCAUGGGGGUGGAGGGGGGGGGGCAAAAUGUGUCGCGGUUUUUCAAUCGAACCGUCCCGUAUUGUUAUCUAUAUAGUAUUUGACCAUAACUGUAUAUUGUUAUAGUAUUAUAUAGUGCGCGCAUGCGUCGUGCACUCGAGUCGUCGUCAUGUCGCGAUGACGUCGGUAGUCUCACACGUUUUAGUCAAUUAGUGCCAUAAAUACCUAUGAUUUAUUAUUAUUUUUUAACACGAAUUAUUUUGAUUUCCGUGUCAUUACAAUUAUAUCGAUCGUCGGUGUGUGGUUUUAUUUUGUUCGCCCGAUCCGUCGCGUGAAUUGUGUUUCAAAAAACGAAAAACAUUUCACCGGAAGACACGUAUUCGCUUACCACCGAAACGCAGUCAUAAUUUUCCACGAAGUGUUAAAACGGUUUUCCAUCGAUAAACCGUCUCGAUAGAUUGGAAUGCAGACUCGUCGCAUACGCUUUUAAACAGAUAUCAAUAGCACAACGAUUCAACGGGAUAUAGGGGAGCACCGACAAUUUAACGGUUUUGGUUUUAUCGAAAACGCCGAAUGACAUAAUUUUAUCGAUGGAAAUUAAUGUCGAGGUGUAAUGAAUAUUAUAACUAUUUUCUUUCAAAACUAGCGAACAGAAAAUAAAACAAAAUAGUUCUAAGAGGUCUGCAUGAAAAGUUACUAUACCUACGCAUAGUAGGUACCUACUAUAUGUUAUUCGAGAAAUAGAUAAAUCCAUGUAUACUUAUCUAGAUACGUAGUCAGAUUAAUAUUCCCCUCCAGCUGGCAUUAACAAAUACUCAAUGUUAUUUUUCAACUCAGAUGUCCAAAAGUG